CUUCUGGGUGCCCUUAUCAGUUCCUCACCCAAACACAGGGAGCCUUUUGUCUUGCUGAGCAGAUUUUAGAACAACGAUUACAGAUUGGUCUGUGCUAUUAUGACAACUAUGAAUAUUUCCAUAGAGGAUGUAACCAAAGACAGAACACCUCUGUCACUGUGGGAUGUUUUCCUCUCCAUGUACUACAUGCUUAUCUUCACCAUCGCUGUUCCUGGAAACGCCCUGGCUUUGUGGGUCUUCUGUCAACAAAAGAGCAGUUCACCUUCCAAGGUCUUCCUAAGAAGCCUGUCCAUUGCAGACAUCUGUUAUGUCCUUAUUUUACCUAUGCGCAUAGUUUACCACCUGUCUGACAGCCACUGGCCCUUUGGAGUUAUCCUCUGCAAGCUGUCUGGCUUUCUCUUUUACCUCAACAUGUACUGCAGCAUCUACCUGAUGGGAUUCAUCAGUCUGGACAGGCUGUUAGCUGUGACUUUACCUCUACGGUCUCAGGUGGUAAGGAAGCCUUUGUAUGCCAAUGUUGCUGUGGCCAUACUAUGGACUAUGAUUAUUGGGUCUAUGAUUCCAUCACUUUUCUCGAGACACCAUCAAAACACCUCAGCUAAUAUGUCUGUGAGCCAUGACGAGUGCAACAUGCUGUACCUUGAAAACAGUACAUCAUCCAACGCUCUGAUCUCCACCAUGGUUGCUUUUCUUCUUCCCUUCAUUACCAUUAUCAUUGCAUAUAUAGUGAUUCUCUUGAAACUAAGGACCCUGACCCAACAUGAAGGACGCCCUGUGAGGGACAAAGCUGUAAAAAUGAUCAUUCUCGUAGUGAUGAACUUCCUGUUUGCUUUUGCUCCCUAUCACAUCUGCAGGGUGGUAUACAUUAAACAGAUAGGUGGAAGCUUGGAUUUAUUGAGAAGACCCAAUCAGAUCACGUCUGCGCUGACCUGUAUUAGCGGUGUGCUGGAUCCCAUGAUGUAUUUCUUCUUAAACCAAGCUUACAGAAAGACAGUUUUACACCUGUUCUGUAAAACAAGACAAUAUGGUCUGUAAGCUUCUUGAAUGAUGUCUGUUGAUGGAUGUUAUUUUUUAUUCUGAUAUAGGUAAUUUUCCACAUUUUUUUCCAAGCAUCUUUCAGAAUUUCAAUCUACUGCUUUGUGCUAAAGCAAAUAUAUAAUUCUUUUUUUAUUAUUAAACAAAGCACCAGACUGCGCAUAAUUAGAGGUGCUACAUUUAUGUUUAAUCUAAACUUCUAUCUUUCUUAAGUCUAGGAGUGCAUGGAAAGGGAUGCAACUAUCUAUAUUAACAGCUAACUUUAUUUAUUUAACUUUAUUUGAAUUUUAUGUUUUAAAUUUUAUGAUAGAUUUUUCUCAGACAGAUGAAAAACCAGGUAUAGUAUUCAAUAUUGUUUUGUUAAAAAUAUGUGCCAGUUACUUAUAUGUAAAAUAUGUAACAGAAACACCUUCUACUUUAGUUAGAGCUGCGAUUGUUUUGGGGUAUAUGUCUGCCAGC